GGAUGGCUGGUUGGGAGGUAGAUGAUUAAACUGCAGGCAUGGAAGGGAAAGGACCCUACCGCAUCUACGACCCUGGUGGGGGGGACACGGAAGAGGCGGCCACAGCCUUUGAGCGGCUGAUGGAGGAGAACACCCGGCUGAAGGAGAAGAUGCAGGGGAUAAAGUCUCUAGGAGAACUGCUGGAAGAGUCCCAAAUGGAAGCAUCGAAGCUGCGGCAGAAGGUGGAGGACCUCGUGAAGGACAAUGAGAUGCUGAGGUCGUCUUCCUCUUUUGACAAACUGUCUGAAAUAACAGGAGGUGAACCAGAGCCCCGUCUGUCCCCCGCGGGUCCAGGCAAAGCUGAGAAGGAGCAGGAUACAGAUGCUCAGAAGCCUCUAUCCACUGGAUCCUCGUCAGAGUUCGAAAUUGUAUCUGGUGAGGACAAGAGGUUUUCCCAGGAGAGCAGGAAGUCGGAGGCAGAGCUGCAGAACGAGGACACUAACCUGAUGCUGCACCUGCAGCGGCUGGAGAGCACCCUGAGCGUCUUCGCCGAGGAGCCGGACAAGAACCAGGUCUUGGCUCACCUGGGGCGCAUGGCCCUGGAGUUUAACCGCCUGGCCUCCAAAGUGCACAAGAAUGAGCAGAGGACGUCCGUUCUGCAGACGCUGUGUGAGCAACUGCGUAAUGAGAAUGAGGACCUGCGGGCAAAGCUGGAGAAGGAUUUGGAGCAGAGGAACCAGGCUACAGAGAAGCUUAGGUGUGAGAACCUGGAGUUGAGGAAGAUGGUUACGAUGAGCAACAAGGUGGGCGUGAAAGGGGACGGUGUGGAGAGCGCUGACCAGCAGCAGAGUGGGGCGCUGGCAGAGAAAGCAUCGGGCAAGGGCGUGACAGGGACAAGCGAGAAGAAGGUGAAAAUCCUCGAGCAUCAGCGUAAUGAGCUGCUGGAGGUGAACAAGCAGUGGGAUCAGCACUUCAGGUCUAUGAAGCAGCAGUACGAGCAGAAGAUCACGGAUCUCCGCCAGAAGCUGGCCGACUAGAGGGCGCUGAGUGAGCUGGAGGCAGAGCGGGAGCCGAAGCAGAGGGACUUUGAUCGCAAGCUUCUCCUGGCAAAAUCCAAGAUGGAAGCAGAAGAGGCAGAAAAGGAGAGGCUGGCUGGGGAGGUGAGGGAUCUGAAGCAGAGAAUCAAGUUCCUGCAGGAGCAGCUGGCACCGGUCACCAAGCAAAGGGAGUACCAGGAGAAGGAGAUCCAGAGGCUAAACAAGGCCCUGGAGGAGGCUCUGAAUGUCCAGGCCCCUGCUCCCACCCCUUCUGCACUCAGUAAUGCCACAGAGCCGGGCGGAAAGCAUGAGACCACACGAGCUGCUGACCCAGAACGAGAUCCUGAAGCAGCAGGUGAAGAUCUUCGAGAGGACUUUCCGCGGGACAGGCGGCGCGACAGGGAGAGAAUGAACGAGGAGAAGGAAGAGUUGAAGCAGCAGCUGGAGAAACUUAAGAAGCAGUUAACAGUCUCCAGCAACCAGCUGCGGCUCUUCAAGGACGACUGUCAGAGAGAGAAGGAGGAGAAGGAGAAACUGAAGAAGCUGCUGAAGCAGCACAAGCAGGUUUCUGGAGAGAGGUUGCACCCAGAGCCGGUCCCGGGGCCUCUCGGCCCUGGCUGCCCCAUGUACCAGUUCCAGUAUAGCCCUCCAGUGCCCCACCAUGUCUACCAUGGCUAUGAGGACUGGCAUCAAAUCCGGUACCCACCUUCAGCAAUGCCGGGCGACCAUCCACCAGUGCAAAACUUCCACCACUUCCCUCCUCCAGAAUACACCUGGCGCCCACCUUGUGCUGUGUCAAGGACCCAGAACUCCCAAGCAGUGGAGGGAAUGAAACCACUGUCCAAGGAAGCUGAACCUGCAGGCCUUGGGUUACCAAAAAACCAAAGGCCAGUUUAGCUAUGGGCUAAUGUCAGAAGAAGAGUGGUGUGGGGAGUGCGCGCGCCUGUGUGUAUAUAGAACCUGCCUCCUGCUAGUUAUCCCUGUUCACACACUCUGUAUAUAUAGCAGAGCCUUGAUGGGCUGGAAUGCCUCCCUCGGGAGCUGCUGAAGAGAGAACGCCCCAUGCCCUUAGGAGCUGCUGAGGAGCAAGUAGCGCGGGGGCUUCCCUGGAAUCCCGACUGGGAGCCCUGCCUACAGGGGUUGUGCAAAUGGCCACGCGUGGUUAUCUUGUUACUAGUCACGUCGCUUUGGUUUUAAUUUGAUUCCCAGCCUUUCUUCUCCUUUUUCAGCUAAGAGGGGAGCUUGAAUUCUGCAGCCUGGUUUUGUAUUGUAACGUGUUUGCUGGCUGACCCUAGAGACUAUUCCUGUUGAAUAGUGUAGGUGGGAGAACCGCCCCUCUAGAAUCCCAUGACAAGCAGAGCUCUGUACAGGGAGGCCAGCUGAACAGACGUCUGGGUGGGGGAGAGGUUUUAAUUGUGUGUGUUCUUUUCAUAGUUAAAAAGAAGCCAAGCUGAAGCUAAACUGAAUCCAUUGGUUCAUAUCAUUUACCUGUGAACGCUCUCUAGACUAAAGUGAGCGCUCUGGCUUGAAUGGCUUUUAAAGUGUCCCGAGUCCAGGGGCCAAAUGUAAAUGUCUUUCGACUCUCCAUUGAAACUCUGACGUGUAGAGCUUGUACCAUGUAAGAUACUGCCCAGCCCUCUGUACAUACAUAUACAUACACAUUCGCUGUCUAGGUAAGAUGUGGCAACCCU